UACAGCCCUCCCAUUUUUCACCGUCUGUUCCAGAUUUGGAAAAAACUGUUGCCAAUUCGACAUGUUCAACUGAGUGUAUCUAACUAACGUAUAAUUUGCAUCGCAUAUGAACCUGUGCCACUAAUCAGAAAGUCACGGAUUACCUAAUUUCAGAUCGAAUCAUUGUGGCUGCUAAAAAAAACAAAACUGUCGUCAGCCAGCGAAAAGGCGUGACCAAGUUGGUCAAUGAGGAUAGAUAACGAGAUAUUAAUGCAAUCUCGCAGAUAACCGCAAGGAAAGCAGGAACUGUCGAAUGAGGCCAGUAGACCAAGACGGACUGGGCUCUCAGCUACCUCAGAACGUGAGUGAGUGAGAGAGAGACAGGUCCCCAGAGGCGAGCAUGGCAACCAUCGUCAUGGAGAGGAUUGGUCGGCUGUUCAUCAACCUGCAACAGCUUCGGCAGGUUCCUCAGAUGCUGACGGAAGCCGCGCCAUCCAUGCCGGGCACGAUGCGGGACACGGAGGUGCCCCCCUUCUUCCGCGAGCGCCACAUCCACGGAGGCUACCGCCCUCUCCACCAGGGCUGGCGCUACUACUUCCUGUCUCUGUUCCAGCGCCACAACGAGACCAUCAACGUGUGGACGCACCUGCUCGGGGCGCUGCUGGUGCUCAUGAAGGUGGCCCAGUUCUCGGAGACGGUGGAGUUUGUGGGGGACAGUCACUCCUGGCCCCUUCUGAUCCUGCUGGCGUCGUCUUUGUGCUACAUGCUGUGUAGUGCCAUCGCCCACCUCCUGGCGGGCAAGUCGGAGCUGUGCCACUUCUCGUUCUUCUUCCUGGACUACGUUGGCGUGGCCCAGUACCAGUAUGGCAGCGCGGUGGUGCACUUUUACUAUGCGGUGGAGGAAGACUGGCACAGGCGCGUGCGUGGUAUUUUCAUGCCCGCCGCGGUCCUCCUCUGCUGCCUCUCCUGCUUGGGCUGCUGCUUCGGAAAGUACCAGAACCAUAGUUUUCCCCCCUGGGUGCGCAAGGUUGGGCAGGUGGUGCCAUCGGCGAUCGCGUACAGCUGGGACACAAGCCCAGUGUUUCACAGAAUGUUCCACUGGCUGUUCCCUCAUGGAGAUGCAAAUGCAAGUGCGAGCGAUGACCUUGCGUUGAUCUUUCACUGUGGCCAAGUGGCCUUCUUCAUCUCGAGUGCCUUCUUCUUUACGCACCCGUUGCCUGAGCGACUGUUUCCAGGACGCUGCGACUUCCUGGUACAGGGCCAUCAGGUUUUCCAUGUGUUCCUGGUGUUCUGCACCCUGAGUCAGAUCCAGGCCUCUUAUCUGGACUACCAGGGCCGCCGGAACCUCUACACCCGUCUCCAUGGAGACGGUGACGCAGCGUUUUUCGUUGGGCUCUAUGUGCUGACGCUGGUUGCAUGUGCUUGGAUAGCCGUCUUCAUGAUUGGGAAAGUGAGACGUCUACUCAACAGCCGAGACAAAUCCAAAUGAUAGAUAAAACAUUUCAUACUGUAGAGUACUGUAGUGCCUCUCAAAAGUGCCGGGUCAACGCAACCCUUUUAUUUAGCCUACAGUUCUCAACUAACCAUUCUGGAAACCAGCCUGUAACCUGGAAUAGUGUAAUAGCGCCCUUAGUACUUUGUGCCCUUUUUAUCAAUGCAUUAUCUACCAAUAGUUGGUAAUAGCCUACUGUAAAGCAUAAUUGUAUUUGAGAGCUGUAUUUUUGGUACUGAGACGAGAGACGAUCAGACACUUUAUUCUUAUACAGAUACACAUAUUAAUUAUCUCACGUCUUAAGUGUUGACCUAGUAGUUUUCGUUGUUAUUCUCUAUUUUUUUAUAUAAAGAUUGUUGAUAUGGCCUACUUGGACUACUCAGCUAAUUCAUUAAGAUGCCUUAUAUAAUAGAUUCUAUCGUUAUAGGAAGUUGACAAAGAUAAUGGUCCCUAAUUUGAAUGAUGGGGCUAAGUCCUAAGUCCAUCAUGUCAAACACAUGGCCCAAACAUUACCAGCCCUGGGCAAAUGUUGAAAUUUAAGAAAUGAAUAUAUUUAUAUACGUAUAAGUGUGUGACACAUCAAGACUUGAGACUUUCCCCAUCAUUUCAAUCAGGGGUUAGGGAUAGCCAAUAUAGACUUGGAACGAUAUUUCAUGGUAUUCUGGCGAUAACAGUAUACAUGACAAUAUUAAAGUAGUACUAUUCACGUCUGUUUUCUCAGCCACAAGACUUGUCUUGAGGGCUGUGCAAAUGCAAAAAAGUCCAACUUGAUGCUGACCAUCAUCAGCACUGAAGUCUUCUUCCUUGUCUACAGUUUGAUCUCUACAUUUAGGCUACUUGUGCUCGUUCUCACUGUACAUGUGAGCUGUUCACUUUACUGCGCAUAAUCAAUCAUAUCAUAACGAUACAAUAUGGCCCAUCCCUAAUCAGGGCCCUAAAUCUUUUUUUUUAUAUAUUUAUUUUUAUAGACUGCCUUAUGCCUUAGAACAAAUCUGAGUAAAUAUCACUAUCACUGUCAAGUCUUACUGAAUGUCAUUGAUUGUGAUUUGUUGCAUAGAGCAUCUAGGAGUUUGUGUGUAUUUUUUCGCUAAUGCACUUUAUAUCAAUGUAGUUAUCAUCAUUUUGCAAUUUAAAGGUCUAACCUACAGUCUGAGAUGGCAUAUACUUGUUAUUGUUGUCGAGUGUUGUUUAUUGUUGUAAGUGCCUUGGAGAGACAUUAUGUUAUUGCUUUGUCAUGUAGUCAUGUAUUGCUUUGAUUCAGCAUUGAUUGUAUUUUGUCAUGAUUCCACAAGCAGUGUAGGCUAUAUGCACGGUCUCCCUAUCACACCUUAUUGUAGGUUAUUAUUAUGGGAUGACUACAGCAGUGUUAAUGUUUCUGUUUACAAUUCAAUCCCUUAACAUUCCAGUUGGUUCCAUUUGGCCCGCAGCAUUAAAAGGGAAAUUGACAGUGUUGUAUCAGGGCAUCAUAUCUCCCUCUUUCUAGCAGGGGCUCUGCAAUUUUUUACUGUCCUCAUCAUCCUUCAGUAUGCCCCCCUCCCCUCCCCUCCCCUCCCCCCUCCCCCUUACCGUGUUCUUCAUCAGCUUGGUGACGUAGGUUUAGUAGUCAUACACUCCCGUUGGCUAUUGAGCAAUGAUCACCAUGGUGACACCACAUUAAACAUGAGUUCCUGACACUCAGGUUGAGUAAAAGUGUGUGGAAAUGGAUGACCAGUUCUUUCCAUGUGGCAAAGAGCUCUCUUUCUCUCUCUGUCUGAAUGCAAAAUGUUACAUCAUCUGUUCAGUUUUCAAUGUGGACCAAUGUGGACCUAAGUGUUCCUAAGUGUUGGAGCAAUUUCUAUUUGCCAAGCAGUGGUUCAGCUCAUUCAAAAACAGAUCACUUAGAUCACUUUGGUACUUCCUUGUGAAACUACCACAGCAACUUCCUCUAAUCAAACACGCGACUGCUAAAACCAGCCCUGUAGACAGAUUUAAACUGCCCCCAUGUGGAGAUGUGUUGAAUAACAUCUGAACCUUGAAUAAAUAUUUG